UUUGCAAUGUGUCGUGUAAUGAUAAGUGAUGCAAAAGUGUUUAAAUUUAUCGUUAAAGUUGGAAAGUUUUGGGGGCCGUUUCCCAUAGACGGCAAUUGUUGUACCAAAAUAUGUUAUUUCAUUAUUGCAUUUAUGUUUUCUGUGCUCUCAUUGAUUAGUUCGGUUUCUGAAUUUAAAGGAAGUACAAUACCAAACUAUUUAAAUGUGAAUGUUUCUGAUGUCUAUAUCUUCAUGCUUCUCUGCAAUUUAAUAAUUUUGAUCCAUUACUUAUAUUGUACUUAUUAUGGAAAAUGUUGUAACAAAAACAGCUGGAAUAACUUUUUCGUAAACAUAGAGACUUUGGAUGAAUUUUCAACUGAGAGGAAUUUAAUUACAUAUUUACUGAAAAUUAUUGGCAUAUUGGCGAUAUUCUUUUUUUCAACCGCCGCAAUUAUGAAUUCCGGAGGAUUUUUGGAUUUCGAAAAUUGGUACAGUAAACUGACAAACUUUUUUUGGGCUCUAUGCAAUGCACAGUUAUUCUAUCUCAUCGUCUUUUGGUGGGAGACUUGCACCAUACUUUCUUCUAGAUACAAAUAUAUUAACAAUACUGUUAAAAAAAUCUAUAGUGAAGAUAUAUCUGUGCGACAAGAAAGUAUAAAAGAAAUUGUACAUGUACAAGUAAGUGUCCACAAAAGUGUCAAGUAUUUAAACGAAGCAGCUGGUUUUCUUAUGUUGGCAUUACUAGUGAUGUCAUUUUUGGCUUCACUGUCCUGUUUCAACUUAAUUUUAUUUUUGUGGAAACAUGCGAAUACCUUAGGUACCUUAAUUUAUGAAGUGUUUUGGUAUUUUCUCUACUGUAUAUCAUUUAUAGUAUUUUCCAUUAUCGUAAUAAUGUCCUGUGACAAAGUGGAGAAAAAAGCUUCGGAAUUCAUCCAAACGUGCAUAUACAUCCAAGCUACAACAGGAGAUGAACAUGCUGCUACUUUGGUGAAUUUAGCGAAAGAGCUAAGACCCAAGUUUUCUGCUGCUGGGUUCUUUGAUAUCAACCAACGAUUGCUGCCAAUAUUUUUCUCUAAUCUGUCGACGUACUUGAUCAUUAUCCUGCAGUUUAAGAUAUCCUCUUUGUAAUUAAGUAGCUGAAGUAAAGUUUUAGUAAAUAUUACAAGAUAAUAAAUUUU